UUGAUUUAGUUCUCCCAACAGCCGCCUAGGUGGCGCUGUGGUGUGAGUGCUUUUGUGUGUGGUGACAACCCUGCUUUUGCAGCUGCUCGUGGAAAGCAAGCAAAUUUACUUAGUUCAAUUUCACCGGGAAACUUUUAACAUUAUAACUUAAAUACAAGCUGCCUGCAACUAGAAAUGGUGUCGAAUUCGGUGUAAGAAAAAAGCAAGUGCUCAAGUGCAAGUUUAAUGGAGUUGUCGUGGUGCGGCUUUUCUCGGCAACUAACUCAGUUGUUGUUGUUUCGUGAUUCGCCAAUUUGAGGAAAAAAAGUUACCUCGCGUUAUUAAUAAACAAGUGCAACUAAACAAUUCGUUCCCCUGUUUUGUUUUGGAUGUUUUCGCUUUGUUUACACUAACUACGGCAACUAUAAUUAACAAAAACUAGUUUUCGAGGUGACACAAGCACCAUAGUAUGACCCUCAAGGAGUGGGGAUACCGGGUGCUGCCCGGUCUAAAGUGGCUGCAUGGAUACACUGGUCAGGAUGCGGUGGCAGAUCUAAUAGCCGGCGUGACAGUUGGCCUGACGGUGUUGCCCCAAGGAUUGGCUUAUGCGACUCUAGCUGGAUUGGAGCCACAGUACGGUCUGUACUCGGCCUUUGUGGGUGGCAUCAUAUACGCCAUGCUGGGCAGUUGUCGGCAGGUCACCAUUGGACCCACAGCGCUGCUCGCACUGAUGACCAGCCGGCACACUGGCCUGGGACUAGGAUCGGGUCCUGCCUACGCGAUACUGCUGUGCCUCAUCUCGGGAGUGGUGGAGUUGGGAAUGGCGGUACUGAAGCUGGGUGCCCUGGUAGAUCUCAUAUCGCUGCCGGUUACGGUGGGAUUUACCUCCGCCACGGCCGUUAUCAUUGGCACUUCGCAGCUUAAGGGUCUACUGGGAUUGAGAGGUGGCUCCGGCUCGGAUUUUAUCAACACCAUGCGCUCGGUAUUUGGUAAUCUUCAUCAGGUGCGACGAGGUGACUUUACUCUGGGACUGGUCUCCAUUAUAGUUCUUCUAGUGCUAAGGAAACUGAAAGAUGUAAAGCUGAACGGACGAAUUCGUAGCUUGCGGGCUCAGCAGCUGGUAAGCGGAAGCAUAUGGGUCAUAGCCACUGGACGAAAUGCCCUGGUGGUGCUGGUGACCAGUGUGCUGGCCUACAGUACCUGCGACCAAAUGGACAGCUGUCCGUACAUCCUUACGGGAAAGGUGAAGAGUGGUCUACCCAACGUUGCGCUGCCCAAAUUUGAGACCACGAUUCUGGACAGGAAUGGCACCGAAAUCCCACAAAACUUUGAACAAAUGCUCUCAGAAUUGGGACCCUCUAUGCUGAUUCUACCCAUAAUUGCUGUAUUGGGAAACGUAGCGAUUUCCAAGGCAUUUGGUGGCGCCGGCCUGAGUCCAACGCGGGAACUGGUGGCUCUAUCCAUGAGCAACAUCUGCGGCGCCUUCUGCAGCUCCAUGCCGGUGACAGGAUCGUUUUCGCGAAGCGCUGUCAACCAUGCGAGCGGAGUGAGGACACCCCUCGGUGGCUGCUAUACGAGCGUUUUGGUUCUCCUGGCCCUGGGACUGCUGGCACCCUACUUCCAGUAUAUUCCUAAGGCCGCUCUCAGUGCUGUCAUCAUCUCGGCGGUGAUAUUUAUGAUCGAGUUUGAAGUAAUUCGUCCGCUAUGGCGCUGUAGCCGCCGGGAGCUGUUACCGGGAGCCAUUACCUUCGUAUUGAGCCUGGCAGUGGGCGUGGAGAUUGGACUACUACUAGGAGUAGGCGCAGAUGUGGCCUUUCUGGUUUACCGGGCCGCGAGGCCUGUGUUGAGCGUCUCCAAACUGCAGACUAGCCAUGGCAUUAACUACAUUCUGAUCCGGCCGAAGCAUAGUUCCCUGUACUUCCCGGCCAUCGAAUGGGUUCGUUCGGGCAUCUCCAAAGCUUUGACCACGCAUGGCACUGCUCCUGUGGUCCUGGAUUGCGCCCAUGUGCACGAUUUCGAUUUUACGGCAGCUCGAGGAAUGGGAUCGCUAAAGAAGGAGCUCGCCAAGGCGAAUGUGCCCUUGUUCCUAAUGAGUGCCCAUAAGGAUAUCGGUGUGAUACUGAAAGAGUCAACCAACAUUGAUUUCCCCACGAUAGACUGUCCCGAUGAUCUGGAACCAAUUUUGGAGCAAAGUGAGACCUGCUUUGCUCCUGACUAUGUGCUCCACUUGCAGGUCACAGCACCGCUCGUCGAAUCCCGUUUGGUGCACUGUGGUGCCGGAGAACCCACUGAACUGAGUAAGCUUAAUGGAAAAACUACUUCAUAGAAGCAGGAACCUCAAAUUCACAAUGCAGGAUAUAAGAAAAACGUUAAAUUUAAAUGUACUUAAGUAUGCAAACAAUCUUCCUGCUCAAUCUUUGGCAUAAGUACAUUCAAACCGAGCUCUCUACGCUUUCUAGUAUUUACCUUGAGCCACAUUUCAUUUCCAACUCUUUCAUUCCUAUAUUUAAUGUUCCUUCGCCAAUUCAUAACGUGCUCGAAUAGCUUAAGCUUUAAUUGUAUAUAUACAAAUGUGUAGUUAGGUUUUAUAAUGUUAUAAUUGUUUGCGUUUUGUACUUUUAUAUAUAUAUUUUUUUUUACAAAUCCAAGAAAGACAUCACAAACACGACAGUUGGUCGUUUGAAAAAUUUGUUAACGCUUCACGUAAUUUAUUUUUCAUUUUUCCUUGCAAACCUAGCGAUAGACUUAAAUUAUUCACUAAAUAUUCAUUUUCACUUUUUUGUCAGACCAAACAUAUCCCCAAAAGGCUGCCACCAGUUUUCUUUUUGUUUAAGCCAGAGCCUGUCCGAUUCUAGGGUAUAUCGAUUCUAUAUUAAUAUUUGAGAUAGAAAAUUAUAUAAAAUCGAUUAUAAAUAACUGGCUCUGGUUUAAUCUUAUAAAAUUCGCAUUUAUUUAAUAUUUAAAAUAAGAACUGAAGCCUAAUUAAAAAGGAUUUGUAUAAAACUAA